UUCCCACAGACGGGAGUGGCCAUCCCCACGUCUUCCCUCGGGUCCAGGACUCCGCCCCCUGUACCCUCUCGUCUGGGUAGCUUUGGGACCCCCUGUCUCAGCACAAAGCCACUUCUGUCCCUGGCGUCUGACAGAUUGACUGACAACAAAGCUACUAUGAGUCUCUUAAACUGUGAAAACAGCUGUGCGUCCAGCCAGUCUUCAAGCGACUGCUGUGCUGCCAUGGCCAACUCCUGCAGUGCUGCCAUGAAAGAUGACAGUGUGAGUGGCUGUGUCAGCACGGGGAACCUGUCCAGCUCCUUCAUGGAGGAGAUCCAGGGAUAUGAUGUGGAGUUUGACCCACCUUUGGAAAGCAAGUAUGAGUGCCCCAUCUGCUUGAUGGCUUUACGGGAAGCAGUGCAAACACCAUGUGGCCACAGGUUCUGCAAAGCCUGCAUCACCAAGUCCAUAAGGGAUGCAGGUCACAAGUGCCCAGUUGACAAUGAAAUACUGCUGGAAAAUCAACUGUUUCCUGACAAUUUUGCAAAGCGAGAGAUUCUUUCCCUGACGGUAAAGUGUCCAAAUAAAGGCUGUGUGCAAAAGAUGGAGCUGAGACAUCUCGAGGAUCAUCAAGUACAUUGUGAAUUCGCUCUAGUGAUUUGUCCCCAAUGCCAACGUUUUUUCCAAAAGUGCCAGAUUAAUAAACACAUUAUCGAGGAUUGUCCCAGGAGACAGGUUUCUUGUGUAAACUGUGCUGUGCCCAUGCCGUAUGAAGAGAAAGAGAUCCACGAUCAAAGCUGUCCUCUGGCAAAUAUCAUCUGUGAAUACUGUGGUACAAUCCUCAUAAGAGAACAGAUGCCUAAUCAUUAUGAUCUAGACUGCCCAACAGCUCCAGUCCCCUGCACAUUCAGUGUGUUUGGCUGUCACGAAAAGAUGCAGAGGAAUCACUUGGCACGGCACUUGCAAGAGAACACCCAGUUGCACAUGAGACUGUUGGCCCAGGCUGUUCAUAAUGUUAACCUCUCUUUGCGGCCAUGCGAUGCCUCCUCUCCAUCCCGGGGAUGUCGUCCUGAGGACCCAAAUUAUGAGGAAACGGUCAAACAGUUGGAGGGGCGCCUAGUAAGACAGGACCAUCAAAUCCGGGAGCUGACCGCCAAAAUGGAAACGCAGAGCAUGCAUGUGAGCGAGCUCAAGCGGACCAUUCGAAGCCUCGAGGACAAAGUUGCCGAGAUGGAAGCACAGCAGUGUAAUGGCAUUUACAUUUGGAAGAUUGGCAACUUUGGGAUGCACUUGAAAUCCCAAGAAGAGGAAAGACCUGUGGUCAUUCAUAGCCCUGGAUUCUACACAGGCAGACCUGGGUACAAGCUGUGCAUGCGCCUGCACCUCCAGCUACCGACGGCUCAGCGCUGUGCAAACUACAUUUCCCUCUUUGUCCACACAAUGCAAGGAGAGUAUGACAGCCACCUCCCCUGGCCCUUCCAGGGUACAAUACGCCUCACGAUCCUUGAUCAGUCUGAAGCAGUAAUAAGGCAAAACCACGAAGAGGUCAUGGAUGCUAAGCCAGAACUGCUUGCCUUUCAGCGGCCCACCAUCCCACGGAACCCCAAAGGUUUUGGCUAUGUGACAUUCAUGCACCUGGAAGCCUUAAGACAGGGAACCUUCAUCAAGGAUGAUACGUUAUUAGUGCGCUGUGAAGUCUCUACCCGCUUUGACAUGGGGGGCCUUCGGAAGGAGGGGUUCCAGCCACGGAGUACUGAUGCAGGCGUGUAGCCUCCACUUACCUGUGUUCAAAAACUAGGAGCCAUAUGGAAAAACCGUGCCUUCCGCACCUGGUCCAGUAAACAAACGGUGGGAGAGGUGUAAGGCCAGCAGCAGAUGUCAUCAGCGAGGUCACAUUACACUUCUUACCGUUAACCAAUAUCUGGGGCAAUUCCCAUGGGGACCUCCGUGUCCCCUGUGUCUUCAGAACCUUAACAUUUGAAGGGCCAGACGCUCAUCAAUUUGUCAGGGAACCUCUUCACUGUGCUUCCAUGGGCUUUUUUGUCCAUGUACUUUACUGAAAAAAAAAAAGGCCAGAAUUAAUGUACUGGAGCUCAAUCGUUUAAUACUGGUGCCUUAAACACUUAAAGUGCUUUUAGGGCAUGUAUUAAACGUGAGGAUCACCAUUGCCUGUGCUGCUGCCAGUGGAAAGGUUACUGCUCUGGUGUUGAGUUCUCAUUUAGUUGACCCCUGUGAAUUUCAGAGGCUUUGAACCAUGAUCCCUGGAAAGCUGAAGUUCUCAUGUACUCCCUCCUCCAUUGACCAGGGACUGGUUUAACCCUUACUUAUAAAUAGCACGAAUGUAUUGUCCAUUGAACACCAAGGGUUUCUCCCCUGCCUUCAUUGUUGAAAUAUGCUCUAGGCAGCAUCUUCCCGGUUUGUAAGACUGUGGUCAUGUGGUUGCCAACUGUUCAGUGUGACUGUCAUGUAACCUUUCUUGUCUGUUCAGUAUAGCUUGGUUUCCACAGCCUGUCGCACAUCUUCUGUUGCUUGCAAACACAAAAUCGCCAGCCUAAACAAGUGAUCAGCUCACCAGCCAUUAAAUGGCAUCUCAUGGAUGAUGACAGCAAUUCUUAUAGCCAGGAAACUUCAGCCCUCUUAACUACCUUCCAAUUUAGCUUAGUUGAUUGAAAUAAAACUGAUUUCCUCAAGGGGGCUGGAGAGUUGGCUCAGUGGUUAAGAGCAUUGGCUGUUCUUCCAGAGGACCCCCCUAGUUCCAGGGGAUCUGAUACCCUCAUACAGGCAAAACACCAGUGCACAUAAAAUUAAAUAAAUGGAUGAAUAAAUAAAUAAAUAAAUAAUGAUUUCCUCCAAACGGAACUUAUUGGAACUUGGAAAAUUGCAGGCACCUAAGAGGCGCCGAGGUUGGUGGUCACAGUUGUGUGGAACUCAGCUUGAAUGGUGGUUUUAGUCCAGCUCAGUAGAGAUUCUGAGCGUGUUCUCUGGAAUGUACUAGCAUGGCCGGUGUCCUUAACAGGGAAGGUGACUGUUGUGCUGCUGUGUAUUUGUUAAUGUAUAGUACUUUGGAGUCUAGUUCUCAGGGAGUCCUACGACUAGUUAGAGCCUUUGUAAGGAAGUGGAGGGGAUCCUCUUCUGCUGUUUACACAAGACUGGCUAAGUGUUCUGGUAAUAACAAAGGCGUUUGGAUCUCCAGCUGAAUCAGAGCCCCCAGUGCUCAGACCUGCCCUGCAUCCAUAGGACACUCAGCCCUUGACCCAGGAGCCUGGUUUUCAGUUUGAAACCUUUUCCCCUUCAUUUUUCCCCCUGUUUCCACUCCACCCAUAAAGAUGAGGGGAAGACCUUGUCCCUUAUCAUUAGCACAAGCUCAUCACAGGUCUCUGGUUGGAUCCUGGAAACGUCCCUUAGCUGUGCAGCCCCGAGCCGCUUGUAGCACCUUCUACUAAGGAACCUCUAUUCCUGUAGUAGUGUCCCCGUGGAUAAACAAAUGUGUGUUUGUUUGUGUGUUUGUGUGUUUAAGCAAGCAAUAGUUAUUUCUGUAUUUAUUUAGAAAUUGCCUAAAGAAGAUGUACCCAACUAUGAGGACUUACUUUCUAUAUGUCUUUUUAAUUUUUUUAUGGUAAAUGUCAUCACAGAAUAUCAGCCCCCCUCCCCCUUCUCCAUUUUUUGAAAAAGGAAAUGACAUUUAAGAACUUCCUGAUCAGAUUUCUUUUUUUUACAAUGUCUGUAGUAGGAAGAAUAGUCAUUUCCUGCCUUGGUUUGGACCUUUUUUUUUUCUUUAACUCUAGCAUCUUUUACUCUUUUUUUUUUUUUUUUUUUGCAUAAGUUAACCUGCUCCCAGUUUUAAGUUAUUCCUACCUAUAGGGCAAGUUGAACUAACUGUUUCUAGUGCCCGUGUUGAGAAGCUCAGCACUAAGCCACAGAACACUGACAAUAUUCACUAAAUGGCUUUACCAGUGGAAAAUUGGUGUGACUGUCCUACGACUAACAAAUGUUUCACUCCAGUUUAAUGUCCAUCAGCUAAAAUGCAUCCUAGGUAGUUUUCUAACUUGCAGCAUUUGAUGUUGUUUGUAAUAAGCCAACCGGUUAUUUUAUGACACUCAAUUGGCAUGAAUGCAGAGUAAAAUUAAUCAAGCUGACAUCCAAAGCUAACGCUUAGUAAGGUCAACUGAGGAUCACGUCUUAACCUAGAAAGCUGGUUUCUUCACCACCUCCCCAACUCCUGAAGUCUCUUUGUACCCCUUGACCCAUAAGACUCUAUACACUCCAGAGUGCAUUGGCCGUCUUACCAGUCUAGAGCAUUGCUAUUUUUAAAAUUGUUUCUUCUUAGAAAAAUGCCCAGAUCUUACUAUCAAAGAUUUUUCUCUGAGUCAUACAUUUCCUAUUAGAAAUCAGGCCAGAUGGAGGUUCUAGUUUGGUAAUUGGGUGCUGUCCUUUGGCUAUUACCGUUUCUAGCCAUUCUGCUUUCUUUCCGAGAAUGAAGAGCAGCAAAAGUACAUUGCAGUGCAAGAAGUGUUCUCUCGCCCGAAUAAAAUCAACUGACAGGUGUUGAAUGAUCUCCAACAAUUAAAUUCUGUGACUGGUAUAAAGUGGCAUUUGCACCAAUAUCAAACAAAGUCAGACUAAUGUAAAUUAUGUGUGCAAUUAGAAUAUCUUCUCCUUAGGGAGAAUUGCUUGUUUCUGCUUUAUCUAGAGUUUCCCUUAAUACUCUUGUGACUAGAAAAUGUUUUAAUUAUUAGCUAGGUUAUUCUUACUUAAGACUUUGAAGUGCCUUUUUUCUUUUUUUUUUUUUUCUGUUGUUAACACACUUCUUUUCUGACUCGACUCAAUUUUCUCCAUUGUCUUACCAUAAAAUGUCAUUACAUUUUUUUAUGGAGUGUUUGAUGAUUAGUUUGCUAGCUGCCUUAAGGGAGCGGAUAGGGCACACUCAAGAGUCAUUUGCUUGUUGUCUGUUGGAAGACUCUUUAAAUGUCAGCAUUCCCUGGGUAACUGUCAUUUGUUUCAAAGUUGAGGUGAUUGUGUGUGGAACGGAUGGAUGCUCCCCAAUUCCCAGAAUCCAGAAAAAUGAAACCAGAUGUGAUCAACCUGAAGUUGGGACACUUGGUCACAAGCCUCAAAGUCACUCAAAAAGGACUAAGCUAGUUAUUUCUCUUGUGUGUCCUUUGUGUCCUUGAUGUUUUAAACUGCUCAACUCCACCCCCACCCAAAAAAAAAAAUCCAGGUUAAUAUAAUAAUACAAGAAAACAAUUUUAGUUGAAACCAUUCUGGAACGUGGAGAGGAACUCCUUUUCCUGUCCUGUGUCUCCUCAGCAGAACCCAGCCCUGCGUGACAGAGAAGAAAAGGGUGGCCUGUUGGUCACCUGCCACUCAGAACGUAGCCCACUCUGUCUCCUGAAACCCCAGUUACCUUCAGUGCAGGCUCUGAGGGCAGAGACCCCAUUCUGGGCAGUGCUGAACCCCUGUUCUUAGCAAACUGUACAUGGGCCUGGCCAGUGGUAACAAGACUUAAUGGAAGCCAGUGGAAGCUGGCUGGCGUCUGGGUAGCCUACUUGUCAUGUAAGUCACUUGGUAAAGUGAGAAUGUUCUUUAUUCUGCUCCCCCACCCCCGGAACUUUACUAUAUCAGUUCUCAAACAUGGAAGUCUGUUUAAAGCCUAGUGAACACCAACCACCUUGGAUCUACAGUGACAUUAGGUUUGUUCUGUAGCUUCAUGUCAAUUUAAUGUAAAUUCCAGUUUCUCUUCAAGACUGUUCAAUCUCAGAAUAAUUAAACAACUUGAAGUUGGAUAAAAUUCUCCUUGGAAACUUGUGACAUUUUAUUGUAGUUCAAAUUGUAGCUUCUACUUUAUGCCAACCUAAAAUUUGUGGGAAUGCUAUGAGGAACUAUGAGAAAUAAUCUUAUUUCUUUGUCUACAGGAGUAUUUUUCCAUAAAGGGUUUAUUUGGAAGUUUCUGGUUGUGCAGAAUGUCACUUUCUUACUUGAGUUAAUUCCAUGGGUAAGGGAUAAUUUGGGGGCACACUUUGCUAAUAUAUAUGACUUCAGGACUAUGUUCCCUAGGUACUAAGACAAGUGCUUUGGCAAUAGCUACGAAGUCUGGAGUCAGGAUAGAGAUUGUCAUGAGGGUCUCCGUAGCCUCUAUGGCAGAGUGGAAAUCCUUAGGAGGCAAGAAUGUAGUUCAGUUCAGUGCAACUAAAUAAGUUGUUAUUGCUUCAAAUUUCAGUAGUCUGACCAUGAGUGGUUUAUUUAUUAUUAUAUUGGCAUAUUUAAGCCCAGCUCACCUUGGUGAAAAGUUUUCUCAUGAUAAUUAACUCAAUCCUGUGUAUACAAUAAAGCAUACCUAACUCUCUUUGAGGAGCAAAGUAAGCUCAGAAAAGAUUAGAUAAUGAACACAUCAAAACUUUAUAACAUGUGUGUUGCACCUUCCAUAAUGGGUUCUAUAGACUGACUUAAAAAAAAAAAAAAAGAAAAAAGCUUUGAUAAAAAGGGGGAGGGUGGGGCUGGGGAUUUAGCUCAGUGGUAGAGCGCUUACCUAGGAAGCGCCAGGCCCUGGGUUUGGUCCCCAGCUCCGGAAAAAAAGAACCAAAAAAAAAGGGGGGGGGGAGGGUCAGGCGUGAUCUCCUACCACACAGAUUGCACAAAGGUCCCCAAGCUAGAAUGGUUUUCCUUUCCCAAUCUUCCAGGUGGAUAACAGGUUAUGCAUUCCUUCUCUUGAAAGAACAUCCCUGUACCCUGUAUCCUAACAUUCCAGGUUCCCCUGGUGCUAGUCUGUGAGCGCAAGGACCUCCAUGCUUCCUACAGGUUUUACUGCCGACUGACCACUUACGUUCAAUUUUAUUUCUGAUAGUUUAGCUGCCUGGAAAAUGGGAACUAGGAUUUGAAAUCUAAAUAUUAUGGAGUACUUAACAUUGUUAAUGCUUAGGUCUAUUUUUGGAGGUAUUUAUAGACUUAGGGAGACUGCUUAUAAGUUUAUAACUAUGAAAAACCAUAUAAUAAAAUCUGACUUUUAAAAAAGAUCAAAAUGCAGUGGUCAGAUGGUCACCAGCGUACUGUGCUCAGGCUUCUCCUGCCGUGGAAUUGGGGAGGGGUCUUUCCAAUGCUUCUGGACUUGGAGAAAAUGCACUGUAUUAUGGGAGAUUGUAAAGAUGAGGUGCAAACGGUAAUACUUUUAGGUUUCAAUUGACUAGGUUUGUUUAGAGACAAAUUGAAACAAUUGUCAGAUUCAGUGCCCCACACUCAGCCACACGUGAUGCCAUGCAAAGCAGGCCCUGCCUGACCGCCACCAGCUCCCUGGAGCCAGUGCAGCUGAUGGCAGAACUGACACAGAGGGAAGGUCUGAGGUUCCUAUGCUAAGCAGGCUCUCUGCACUCCAUCUAUUAGAUAUGUGUGACAUCUUUCCAAACCCGGGUCACAAAUGCACCCUCACAUUCAUCUCACAAAGGCACCUGGAGUUCUGACUUUCAAUUGUAUCUUAGCUGUAAAAAUACCACCACGACAACAGGCCUUGAAUUUUUUGAAUAUAGAUACAGACUGGCACUCCUCCCCCUCCUCUCCUUUACUUUCUUGUCAGCUUGUAUAAUGCACAGUAUCUUUACAAAUGGAUACUUAAUUGGAAUGAUGUAUAUGUGCAAAUAUCACAAUGGUUUUAAUAAAGUAACGAGAUUAA